ACAAGUUGGUUUUGGAACUGGUCAUCGCUUGCCUCGAGUGUGGAAGUGGAGGUCAUGCCGAUGACAUCACCCAGGAGAGAGCCUUCAUCAUCAACUCUCUCAUUACCAAAACUAAGGUAAACUGGGCUGCACACUUUUUCAAAUCCAUUUCAAAACAUCUAGGAAAAGCACAAUCAGAAGUAUCUCUGUCAAGGUCUGUAUGUUGGACAUAUUUUGGAAUCUAUGGGCGCUGCAGUUAAAGGGAAAAAGUAUGAAGCCAGAUACUGGCUAUACUACUUAUCCUCCAAAGGAGAAAACAGAGCUAGUGCUAGUGCCACUGCAGAAGAAAGCUCAUCAGACAAUGCUCCACUCAUCAAUUUCGCAAAGACUACCAAGAGAAAGCAUGUGGUGUCUCCCUCUCCCAGUGCUAAAGCACCACAGAAUCUUGCUCCAAUAAAUCUUGAAGAAGAAGAAGAAUCCUCUGACCAAGGAGAACUUCAAAGGAAGAAGAAGAGGAAGAUCAACUCUCCAUCAACAUCUGGAAAUGUCAAUCCGGAUGAGUUGAAGGAGAAGGAACGUGCUGAGGAAACCUCUGCUCAAAACCGGAGCCCUCAACAACUUGAAGAAGAAAUUCCUCAAGUCCAAAGCCUUCCAACCUCAUCACCUCAACCUCAAAUAGAUGAUGCAGAUAACCAAUUCUGGCAGCUCUACUAUGACUUGCAUCUGGAAUACCUGGCCAACACACCAGUUUCUGACUUUGAAGCAGAUGAUGAAGAUCCUGUAGUCUUCAAGUCAGUCUUCUCAAAAGACACAGAAGAUCAAGUGGUUUUCACUUCUGAAGCACAAGUUGUAGAAGAGAAGGCAACCUCACCCCCACAAGAACAGAACCAAGAAACAGCAGAAGAAGAAUUUCAGCCACUAAUCCAAUCUCAAGUUUUGGAGAUUCUCACCACUCCUUGUGAGAUCUCCAAUCCUACUGAAAUUGAGAUCUCGGAGAAGUCAGCAGAAACUCCGGAACAGUCAGCUCUUCCAGAAACAAUGGAGCAAGCUGUUGAAGCACAAAGGAAUUCUGGAGAAGCUGAAAAGGAAACUCAAAUGGCAGAACUAGAGGUCUCUCAAACUCCAGUAGCCAUUUUUGAAGAAGAGAAUACAGCUGAAGAAAGAGACUCCCUCUCUAGGGAUAUAUCAAAUUUUGCACUUGAAGCAGAAGGAGAGUCUGAAAGAACACUGAAGGUUACUGAUGAAGAAGAUGUACAAGAAAAUGCUGAAUCUCUUCCUAUGCAACUCUUCCAAAGAACACCAUCAUCUCAUCAGGUAACCAACUUUCAUUUCCAUAGCUCUUCCACCCCUACUCUUCCGGAUGAGAUACCGGAAAACUGGACAAAGAAGGUCCAAGGGCUGAUUGAAUCAACCCUAGCAUCUCAACAUACCUUCUUUAGGAAAGAGAUAGAGCAAAUGGAAGUCAGGCACACCCAGCUGAUAGAGAAAUUUGAAGGAAAACACUGCGCAGAUCUCAAAGAAAUAAGUAAAUCAGUGCAGAAGACUCUAGAGAUUAUCUCUCUAUUGAGUGAAACUGUGAGCAACACGAUGGAAAUAUAUGCCUCUGACAGUCAACUUCAACUCAAAGAGAUCAACAAAGUCAAAGAGCAAAUAGCGAGUGUCACAGUUAGUCUCCAAAAACAGGUGUCCCUUCUCCAAAUGGAUAUCAGAUCAGCCCUAGCAGUAGCUUCGGCAAAUCAGGUAGUGACCAAAGACUACUUGAAGGUGAUCACUGACAAUCAAAAGGAAGCAUACAAGCUAUUCAGACUUAUUGGCGCAAACUCUGGAAACCGCAAGAUGGAAGUAAUUCUCCAACAACACAGUCUAUCUCCAAUACCACAGCUUCCUAUUGCAGUCAAAGAAGGAGAAGUAUCUUAUAUUCCUUCUCAUCUGAACUUGACAAAUCUAAUCCUUGAAGCACAACAAAGAAAUCCGGAAAACUCAGCACAGCUUCUAUCCAGCUCAGGACUUGAUGGAACAGAAUUUAUAGGUACAGUUGUUGACCACUUCUCAAAUGAUGCUCAAUCAGAAGAGAGACGUGAAAAUUUAAGGCGUAUCAAAGAACUGUGUGGGAACAUGAAGGGCAUCAGUGAGGUUGCCGGAUCUUCAAAGCGCAAGAAAAACUGAAGGUUCUUUUCAUCAAAACAGGGGGAAAGUAUGUGAGAACACUAAUGUGUUUUGAUGCAAACACCUUCUUGCUUAAACAUUGCUUGAUUGGUUUAAACAUUGCAAUAUUGCUUCAACAAUUUUCUUAAUUAUGCUUAUUAUGCUUGAUUAUGCUUAUCUCAAGUAUGUUUCUGAGAAUUUUUUUUGAAGCGCAUACAUUAAGGGGGAAUGUAUUUCAGGGGGAACUUAACUAGUUUUUGGCUAACAAUUGUUCUUAGCAAUGAAUUAUUGAUAAGCUC